GACCGUUUUCGGAUUUGCUGCCUGUCGCUUGAAGUCGGUCUCGGUCGCGCCUUCCCAAAUGGUACCUUUAAAAUCAAUUAAUUUUGUUGAACUACAUUGAAAUACUAAAUGCAUCUCUUUUGGCAAAUCGUCUGACUGUAACCAGUUUUUAUUUGCAGUUUUUAAUAAAAUAUGGAACAUAUUUAUCAUUCUAAUAAUUUUGGAAAACAUGUGCAUGGAUCCAAGACUGAAAACCGUCAAAUCUCAAGUGGACGCGGCGAGUUCCACUGACGAAUGUCAAGUCACACCUGUCAUACACGUGUUGCAAUAUCCCGGUUGUGUUCCGAAACCUAUACCAAGUUUCGCCUGCAUAGGAAGAUGCGCUUCUUACUUACAGGUAUCGGGCAGCAAAAUUUGGCAAAUGGAGAGGUCUUGUAUGUGUUGCCAAGAAUCAGGGGAACGAGAAGCUUCGGUAUCUCUAUUUUGUCCCAAAGCAAAACCAGGCGAACGAAAAUUCAUAAAGGACCACAAAGUUCUGUCUGGAAAAAGCUACAAGGAUGCAGCUACGAGCCACCUAAAAGUAGCUAUAAUAGACAAGGAUAACCCUUACGGUAAAAUAACUACCGAAAAAGCAAUCCUUGUCAAAAAGACACUGAUGGGAGAGCUGGACAAAACAAUUUUGUCCGCCUCCUGCAGCAAAACCAAGCCACCCAUAUUCAGGUCUUGGACGCACUCUGGUGAAAUCAUCAGAGUAACAUGCGACGAUGACCUGACGUUGGAAUGGCUAAAAACCAAGGUACCAACCUUAAAAACAUCCGAAAGAGCAACACUCGCUGUAGUAAAGAUGGCCGAGCUCCCCAAGCUCACCAAAGCCUCUUUCUGGGUCCCAGGGGAAGCGCAAGCUGACCUUGACGAGAAGGAGGUUGUGCUAAGGCGACUUGAGGGGCAAAACCCAAACUUACAGGUGGCAAAAUGGUGA